AUGAAGGGGAUAGAGGAGAAAGCUGAGGUUGCACGGCACGUCGUCGUCGAAGCGAAGGAGAUUGCCGAAGGUCAAAAGUUCAUCGUACCGAAUUAUACAGUCAAGCAGCUCCUGGACGUCAUCCCGGCUCACUGUUUCCAUCGGAGUGGCUUCCGGUCGAGCUUGUAUGUUUUGCAGGACGUGGCCGUGCUGGCCGCUUGCGCGUACUGUGCGCUUCAUAUGGACAGCUUGCUUCUGAAUAAGCUAAACAUCUCCGAUGUCGCCUUGACAGCCGUCAGGGUCAUCUUGUGGACUGGUUAUACCUUUGCUGCUGGGCUCUUCGGGACCGGUCUUUGGGUCAUCGGGCAUGAAUGCGGCCAUCAGGCAUUCUCAUCUUCCAAGACCGUCAACAACGUCAUGGGAUGGAUCCUCCACUCGGCCCUGCUCGUUCCUUAUCACGCUUGGCGCAUCUCCCACGGACGGCAUCACGCCGCUACAGGCCACCUGACGCGAGAUGAGGUGUUCCCCAAAGAGGAGGCCGAGAUUCUGGGUGUCAACGUGUCCGCCAUGCGCCAGCGCGAGUUGCGGGAAGCAAUCGAAGAAUCGCCACUCGCCACUCUGAUCGACGUGACGAUGCAGCAAUUGCUUGGCUUCCCUGCGUACCUGAUUCUGAACACCUCGGGACAGAGGCACUAUUCUAAGGGGACAAGCCACUUCAACCCCGAUUCGGUCAUCUUCAAGCCUCAACACAAGUGGCAGAUCCUCGCCUCCAAUCUCGGCGUCUUGCUCAACCUCGCCACUCUCGCUUUCUGGGCGCACAAACGCUCGUUUGCCGAGGUGUUGGUGAUGUACCUCAUCCCUUACCUUUGGGUGAAUCACUGGCUGGUCUUCAUCACCUAUCUGCAGCAUACGGAUCCCCAUCUCCCCCACUACUCCGCGAACAAGUGGACGUUCGCCCGAGGGGCAUUAUGCACGAUCGACCGGAACUUCAUGGGUCCGAUCGGGCCUUAUGUCUUCCAUGGGAUCUGCGAGACUCAUGUCGCCCAUCAUAUCUCGUCAAAGAUCCCUCAUUAUAACGCAUGGGAAGCUACCAAGGCGCUCAAGACCUUCCUCGGUCCGCAUUAUAUCAGCUCUACCGAGAAUAUGUUUACGUCGUUUUGGAAGUCGAACCGCGAGUGCAUCUUUGUGGAGGAAGACGAAGAUAUCGUCUUUUACAAGAAUUACGCCGGGGUGGCCAAGUUCGCGCCGGUAGAGGAGGACGAGAGCUCGGAGAGGCGGGCGUCGGUGUCGGACUCAGGUAUCGAGAUGAUCGAGCCCAAAGAGCGCCUCUGCUAG